UAAUGCUUUCUGCCUAAAUGAAAGUUUGAUAGUCUUCCGCAAUCUCGAUUCACAAAUCUAACAUGGUAUCAUAGCCAAUAGAGCUAUGUUCUUGAAAGUUCUUUUGUUUUCUAUUCGUUCGUUUUCUAUUCAUACGCACUUUUAAUGUUUUUAAGUUUGAUUAGAGUUCGAAUUGGUUCAAUAAGGGUAAAUGCAUUUGGAUCCUGUCCAAAUUGAUCUAUUACACUCUUGAUAUUAGUGUUUUUUUUUCCGGUAAUUGAUAUUAGUGUUUUCGCCUUUUCUGUUUGUUUCAUAAAGAAAAAAAGAAUAAAGCAAAAUUUGUAUUAAAAUCAAAUUUUCAUUUUACUUUUUGGGUACGGUACCCAGUACUAUGAGCUCAAUUUAGAUCAAAUAAAAAAUGUUGGAUAUGAAUCUGUCCUUGUCAAGAACCAGUUGCUCUCAAUCAUUCGAGUUGUUGGGAGAGAUUCAAUCGUGGAUCAUAUACCACACACUAACACGCCCCCUCAAACGAAAGUCACUCACAAGGGCUUGAAAUUUGCACAGGUCUGAAGACAAGAAUACCAUGUGCUUAAUAGGGGUGGCUAUUUGGACCGGGACCGGAUUAAAAACCGGAAACCAGACCGUAUAACCCGGACCGGGACCGGAUGGUAAACAAUCCAAUCCAAUCUUUGGGCUUAGAUUUGAGGUAAAAAACCGGAUAAAGACAGGAUAAGAGAGUUCAACACCCAAAACUUAAGGGUAAUUUGCAUAAACGGUCACAAACCUUUGCACUUAGUACAAAACUUAACCAACUCCUCACCCGUUAAGGCCUUAGGCCACUCAAAUCCCACAAUCUCAAAGUAAAAUCAAGACCGAAUUGGGACCGGACCGGAUCAAAACCGGACCGGAUCAAGACCGGACUGUAUCCAAUCCAAUCUUCGGUCCUUAUAUUUUCAAAAAGACCGGACUGGACCGGAUCAAUUUGGGCCAAUUUAACCGGACCGUAUAGCCACCCCUAGUACUUAACAAAUGAGAAUCCUAAUAAGUCGAGUUGUUGGAAGAGGUUUAAUCGUAGAUCAUAUACCACACACUAACAAUCCUAAGAUCAAAAUUAACCAAACUAAUGCAUACUAAGGUGGGUUUGCCAAUACCCAACUAUUAAUUUUUAUCUGUCAUGCUAUGGACGAUUUUAAAACUAUUAAGUAAUUACGUCUGAAUUCGAUGCUUACACGACUCUAUUAUUGCAUAGUGUCUUUUUGUGCACGAUCCUCUUCCCCUUUGUCGGCCAGCAUUUCUGCAGAUCCAUUAUCCAGUCCAUUCACAGCUGGGAACAAUGGCCCAAAUACAUGACAGUUUUUGCAGCAAGAAUCUUCUGAACGGUAAUCUUCUAGUUAUUAUCUUCUCCCUUCUGUACGUACUCGUCUUGAUGUCACCGAACUUCAAUUUUCUUACGCAAGUGAGUUUAUUGGAAAGAGAAUGCUUAUUGUAUUUGUACCAGAUCGAUCCAUGAUCACUAUGUAAAGCUAGUGUUAGGGUGUGGUAUAUGAUCAACGAUUGAACAUCUUCCAACAAUUCGAAUUUUUGGGACUAAUUGGUUCUUGACAUGGUAUCAGAGAUUUUUGUGAACGAGAGGUCUUGUGUUCGAUUCCGGGUUCGAUUCCCGGUUGUUAAGCACAUGGUAUUCAGACCUGUGCAAACUUCAAACUCUUAUUAUUGGUUUUCGUUUGUUAUUGGGACGCGGACCAGUAAGUUCAUAAAGAGGUGUCUUUUUUCAAAAAUUAUAUUCAUAUGAUAAUUAAAAUUCAAAAAUUUUAAUUUUGUAUAUUACAUGAACAUGUUUUAUUUAUGAAAAAUUUUGAAAUUAUUAAGAAAAGUAGAAAAAUAAACUUAUUAAUCUCAAUCUUUAAAUUUGGCUCCACUCAAAAUUAAGAGAUAUAUCUGACUACACAUUUGUACAUCACUAAGGAUUAUGCACCGUUUCUUGCAACCUUAUUUGGCACCGAUCCUACCCUGGUGUCACUCCCUGCGUCUUGCGAACCUUACAAUCAUUUUUCCUCGUUUUCAUCCUUUUUCCCACAAAUAAAUUCAAAAUCCAGACUUAUUGUGCCAUAGUUAUCAUCAGAGUUGCUUGACGGAGACCGACUUAAGAAUUGUUCUGUAUAUAUGUGUAUACUCGGUGGCAUGGAUCUUGGAAACUCUGUGAAAGCUAACUAAUUAACUAGAAUUUGUAAAUGUUAGCUAACCAGUGGAGACGGAGAAACUAAUAAACAAAUGCAAUAAUAUAAUAUCAAGAGAUGCCCAAAAAAAAAUGUUCAAGCUGAUCGCCAUGUAACAUUAACUCUAUGUUUGUCCCGGCUUUUAGAAGUGCUUUUAGAUUUCAAAAGUUGAAGCAGGGCCAAACACCUGUAAAAGUUCAACUUUUGAAAAAACGGAAAAGCGCUUUUGUAUAACAUAAAAGCAGAAGCUCCGAUUUGUAGCUUAUGCGAAAAGGUGUUUUGAAAAUACAAGAUCAUCCUUACCAUAUUUUAAUUUUAUUUCAGAAAAUAUAAUUUUCCUUCGUUUAUAUCAUUUUAAAAAUAAAAUAAAUUAUAAAAUCAUAUUAUUUAAUAUAAAAGAAAUCUAACAAGAUUCAUUUUGUUUACUUUUUAUUGUUUAGAAUUUUUAUUCAUAUUUUAUAUUAUAAGUCAUUUAUAGUCAUUUUACACAAUCUUUCAAAUUAAAAAGCACUUCUAAUAGUUUUACAGCCAAACACUCAACUGCUUUUUUUGAAAAAUACUUAUCUAAAAGCUCCAGCCAGAAGCUGCUUCUGCAAAAACUACCGCAGGACCAAACUAGGUUUAUAUUGACAUCAUCGAUCAUGAUGUAAAGCUAGUAGUUUUAGUGUGUAUAUAAAUUAAAGAGCAUCACCCUUCGUUCCCCAUUCAUACAAUUACGACGACCACUACAGCUAUGGCGUCGUCAUCGUACUCUCCCUCCAAAUUGUUAAGACGGCGGGCAAUAAUAAUAGUUGUUGUUUGUGGGUGCUUAUUAGUACCUAGCCAUGUAACGGCGGCGAAGUGCAGCGUUCACAUCCCAAAGCUGGAUCCCAACUACCCUUCUUAUGUAGCCGCAGUUCUCACCACGCUGGUCGAUCAAACUCCGGCGCAGAUCACAGCAGCAACGCGCUCCUACAAAACCUGGUCUCCAGAUGAAGAAGCCGGCUCCGUCAAGGGCAUCGCCACUUGCUUUACGACCGACGCCACGCGAUGUUCUGACUGUCUGAAUUUCGCAGCAUCCGCAUUGGCCUCUUGCGUCUCUACGUACGGAUCCAGCCGUGAACACGACUGUCUCAUCCAGAUCUGGCGAAUCAAUCACUAGUUUUAGUUAAAUUUGGCAGCCCGGAGGAGACAUCUUAUUGCCUCUUUGGUUACCCGGUGGAACUGUCUAGUUUUCAUUUUCCUUGUUCUUACUUCUUUCAAUACAAACUUCCCCAAUGCGAAACGCUGUUGGAAGUUGGAACAACUCAUAAAUCUAUCAAUUGGUUUAAUUUGUUCUUCCGUUAAUUCAUGUCGUCGAUUUAUCCAAUCUUACCUUAUAUCUUAAUCCAAUUCCAUCCCAUUGUCCGCUACUUUGUUCUCUUAACUGAAAGUUAUAUUGCUACUUGCUUUGACGUUACAAGACAAACCACAUGUAUGACUAGGGGUGUUAACUGAUUUUCGGGUUAGACGGGUAAUUAGGGAUGGCAAUUAUAGUCGUAAUCGCGGGUAUCCGACCCUACCCAACCCUGUCAACGAGGGGAAUCGCCGCAUUGACCGGGUAUGGGCAGAUACGGGUAAUAUCCGCAAAGAAACUCGUGGGGAUGGGGCGGGCAUGGAUAUAAGUGUCUCCGCCCCAAUACCACUCAUAUCCUCCCCGCCGUUACUUGUAAUUGUAAUUGUAAAACAAAUAAGUAUUAAAAGUUUAAUUUCAUAUAAGCCGCCUUAAUUUCCUUACGCGUCUCUAACUCUAGCCCUAGCUAUUCUCUUCAAGUCUUCAACCGUCAAGUUUCCCCUCCCUUCACUCGACAAGGCAACGCUUAAACCUCCUCUCUCACGUCCUUAUUCGCCGCCGCUCCUACCCUCUUCCAUAGCAUCUCCACCAGAACACCACGCCUCCUUGACCAUUUGUUGCCUUUCUUCAGUUUGUCGGUUCUUUUGCUCAUCGUCCGUUCAUAACUGUAGUAGUGGUAAUAACAUUCUACUCAUACGUCUUUCCUUUAUGUGUGGAUUUUUAUGGUUUAGUAGGUGUUUUGGGAUGAAUAAUUUGGUGUUGGAUUAUUUAUUGGUACUCUGUUUAUGGAACUUCGUAGGAAUUGGAUGAUCUAAUUAAGAUUAUCAGUUGUUCUUUAUCAGGUUCAUCAUUGAUUGGGUUUGAUGUUUCAACCCGGUAAUUAUAUGUUUUGUUGAAUUUAAAUGUGUUAAUUUAGUUAUAAUUAGAUGUACGGGACGGGGAUUACCUUCGGGUAUCCAAAAUCUGCGAGGAUGGGAAUGAGGAUGCAAAAUCUCCCCCCGCAUAGGGAUAGGGAGGGUAUGGAUUAGAUAAAUGAAACUGGGUAUGGGGAUUUAUUUAAUUAGAAAAAUCCGCCUCAAACCCGACCCAUUGCCAUCCCUACAGGUAAUUAGUCAAUCGAACGUAAGGCGGUAGUUCCGCCAAACAUUAGUUUUUUGCAUACAUAUUGAUAUGGCGUGUCAACAACAUCGAUUCGAGGGAGGGUGGUAAAAAGUCCAUGGGGUCAUUUGAAAGUUGUAAUUUUUCAAAAUGAUGUAUUUAGUAAUUUAGUAUAUUAUCAUUUGAUGUAUUGAACAAUUGAUGGAUUAAGCAAAAACCUUGUUUGGAGGUUUGUACUGUGUUUUUGUUGUAAAGUCACAAAAGUUAAUUUUGAGUGAUUGUGAAGAAUCUUUACUAUUUGUUGAGAUUAAAGAUUGAUAAUCCCUAAAUUUUGAGUAAUUGUCGGUUAUAGUCGGUUAUAUGUUUAAUUACGCAUAUACCUUUGUUUGUUAAGGUUAUAGUCGGUUAUAUGCAUCAGGGCUGGCCCCGAGGGUUUGCCGGCAAGCCCUUCGGCACAGGGCCUCCAAAUUGUGGCGGCCUCCGAAUCUGCAUCGUGUAUAUGACUAAUUACUAUUACAGACUAUUGGCUUUCGAUUAUGAUUUUAAAAAUAUAGAAAAUUUAUGAAUUGAGUUUUGAUUUUGGGUCUAAAUCGGGAAUAUUAAAAAUUUAAAUUCCAA